UCUUUAAUAAUAAAAAAAAUACAAGGGUUCGCUUGGCUCAAAUUGAGCAUCUACACAAACUAAGUGUUUGUGUACAUGCUUCAGUUAUUGUGGUGAGUAACCAAUCUUCCAGGUCACCUGUUAGCGCUUGCUUAACGUCAAAUAUGUUUGACAAUAUUUCAUUUGCAAACAAAAGAAUAAUUCGUUUGCUCCAACCUAAACAGCUGCGUUUUGAAGACUUAACACUACAAAAGUUUCAGCUAUCAUAAAAACAAUAUCCAGUAAAAUGAUGGAUCAAAUUCUUCCUGGAUACGCCGAGGAAUGCAGGCUGUUGCAGACUGAUCUUAAUCAUCCUGUUGGUGGGUACUCGCUUGAUCAACUUGCUCCAAAUUAUGAUAUAAGUCAUCAUUUUCCUCAAAUUAAACGCGAAAAUCACAUUUCAUUUGGUGAUCAAGAUAAUGUUUCUCUUUACUUUAGCGAUCGGAAAGACGAUUUUAUAAAACUGGAGGAAGGUGAACGCAAAAAAAUGAGAAGAGAAAGAAAUAAAGUUGCUGCUUCAAAAUGUAGAAAUAAAAGAAAAGAGCACAUAAAGUGUUUAAUGAAGGAAUCAGAUGAUAUGGAAAACAAAAACGUGGAUCUACAAACGGAAAUUUCCUCUCUUCAAGCUGAAAUACGAGAGCUUGAAUGUAUACUUGAUAGUCAUACUUGCAUUAUGAAAUCCAAAACUAAACGAGGAGAAUAGCGUUAUUGGAAAAAUACAGCUAAUUCCUGUUACUAAACGAGAUAAUCUAAUCCAUUAAGUUAUAAGCUGACAUAACAAAUUAAUAAUAAAUAUUAAAAAAUAGAUACAUUUAACUUAUAAAACACCUUUUUUGAUUGGUUACACAGUAAUCAAUAUUGAAUGUCAACAUUCCUUAAGUCAACAUUUUAGAAAAAACUUGUUUUUUUGGUAUGACGAAGAAUAAAGAAAAAGAUAAUUACGUGUGUGCUUUAUAAGUAAAUGGUUUUUGAUUAGUUCGAUUCAUGUGAUCUUAGGUUGCUUUAUUUGCAAAAAUAACCUUCGAUAUUAAUCACAGACGUAAUAUUAAUCACAUAUUUUAUACUUUGAUUUUUCGUUUUUUAUUAUAAAAUUUUUUUGUUUGAAAAGCAAAUUUUCUGCAGUUCAUUUUCGAUAUAAUUGUAUUUUUUUAUAUCUAUUGUAUUUAAAUUUUUUAUACUUUUGACAAUGGUUUAAUGACUAUUUUUAUUCUGUUAAAUAAUUUUUAUUUCUACUUUAUUCUGUAGUUCUUUAGUUUUAUUAUUUUAUGUACGAUUUUGUAUUAUGAGUCGCUUUGUAAACGUUUUAUAACAAAUAUAUAUAUAUAUAUAUAUAUAUAUAUAUAUAUAUAUAUAUAUAUAUAUAUAUAUAUAUAUAUAUA